GAAGAGGAACAAGACCCAGAAGACAAGACGAGAGCAGAGAGCGGUCUGUCCACAGCUGGAAUCCUCUCCUCUCCUCUCCUCUCCGCUCCGUCCGGCACGAAACACAGCUGCAACACAUCAGCACUGAAGGAUUUCGACGCAUCAUCUGGAUUCGUUGGGGGCAGACGGGCAGUGGAUUCCCCUCAAAGGCAAGAGGCCAUUUCCUCCUACACUCCAGGGUGUGUUGAACAUGAGAACCUGAAUAUUGAGAUUCUCAAGGACCAAUUUGAUAAUCCACAAACAGUCUUCCAGAAGUGACUGAAACCACGAGCUCGCCUUGCCACAAGGACGCUAGAAAAGAACCAUGAAUAAAAAUGCUACAAAUCAAUUCAACAAUGUCCACCAAAGCCCAACGGUCUCCCAAGCUCCGGGCCAACAGUUGGGCACGCCUUGUGCCAGCAGCAGCCCUUCCUCAGUGCUCAGCAAUGCAAGAAUGAGCUCUGGAGCCAUUCGGAACAUGCCCAGCCCGGGUACUUACAUUCAGAUCCCAGUAAACUCUGAGGUCCGAUGUGUUAACACUGCCUCCUUGCCUCUCGCGGUUCAGCAGAAGAUCUUUGGCGGAUCACGUGGCCUCCCCAAGGUUGCUGAGAGCAACAGGCUGACAACAGCAAUUUACAUCUGCCCUGUGUUGCAAAUAAAGGCUGCUGACCACAAGCACCUAUUCCCUCUGGCUUCCCCACGUAAGAGCACAAUGUCAGCCACUGAUCCAGUUCAGACAGCUGAAUCCGCUUCCCCUGAGACCAAAGAGCCCAGCAAACCUCCUCCUGUGCGGACAUCUGACCCCAAAGUGAACAGGGUGGGGAGGGAAGGUGCCAUCACUCCCACACCAGUUUCUGUGAAAUUCUGCAACAAUCUGGCCUCUCAGGUGUUGAAGAAAUUUGUGAAGCAACAAGCGAAUGGGGGCAGCGUUGAGAACCUCCUGCAGGCUUGCUCCAGCCUUCCAAUGGAGAUCAAGAGUGCCCAUACUUCUUUCAAGGAGAAUGCGUUGCUGCUCUACAACAGCCAACUCUACUUCUUGGCCCAAAAAAGCGUUGAUCUUCCAACUGUUUCUGAAAAAAGGUCAUCGCCAGUGAUGGCCUCAGCACAGCCCCCACAGCGGCUGCCAAACAUCCCAACCUCAUGCACAACCACAAAGCAGAAUGCAGGCAGCCAACCGCCUGAUGGACACCACAAACCUACCAUCAAGAGGAAAGUCUCUUUAAAAUAUCCCGAAUCUGGCACAAAAGCUGAAACUUCAUUCAUUCACCAGGACAGAAUGAAGAAGGACGUUCAAGACUUGGGUCAGAAUGGAUUGGACCUGACCCACAAGGUUGCGAAGCCGUUACCUAAACCUACAGCAGCAAGUUGUAUGACAUAUAAAUGUACAGAAGAUGAACGCUUAUUGUUACAAGCCGGGAUCAAUUCUGAUGUUCGAAUUCUCCUCCAUAGAAUACACAUGAAGCAUGUACCAGAGGAGUCAGGAAAACAUCCAAAAGUUUCCGUAAAGCAUGUUUCAGAAAUUCGAGCAGCUACUAUUUCAGCAUCUUCCAAACAGCCUGACUCAGUGGGAUUGGAGUGCUGCCCAGUGCAUGCUGAAGAUUGUGGCCCAGCAGAAUAUGCAGGAUACCCAGAGCAAUGCAAGGAAACUAACCCAGUAAAACUGACAGAAUGCCCACAGCUCUUCAACAAAUCUGAUCCCAUCAAAGUUCCACAAUCCUCUGAGCUCUUUGAGGAAUGUGGCUCAAUGGAAUCAGAAAGAUGCCCAGAGCUCCCCAAGGAAUCCAACCUAUUGGCAGGAUCCCCAGAGUUUCUCAAAGAACCUGACCCAAUAAAAUUGGUAGAAUGCCCAAAUCUCCCUGAGGAGUGCGGAAGAUAUCCAGACCUCUCUGUGAAGACUGACCCGGUGAAAUUGUUGGAAUUAAAGAUCUCCACACAGCCUGAUCCGGUGCCAGGAGGAUUGGAAGGAUGUCCAGAGCUCCCUAAGUUCGAGUUUGAAGACUGCUCCAUACAACCUACUCCAGUACAUUUGGAAAACUGUUCACCAAUUGCUUCCAGUCCCAAAGAGGAAACCUUUUGUACAUUUGAAAGGAAGAGAAAAGAGGUUGCAACAGAAGAGACUGAGACUUCAGAUCACGUCACUUCAGAUACAAACUCUCAAUCAAUGAACACCAAGAGGAGAAAAAACGAUGAAGGAAAUGUUCAUUGUGAAAAUCUGGUUGAAUCGUGUGAAAUGGAAUCUUCUAAUGAGUUUAAGACUGGAGCUUCCAUGAUGACUCACAUUGGGAACUCAGUGGCAACAUCUCCAGACUGUCUGGAGGUUUUAUCCUCUCUCGAACUGAGCGACGUUGCAGAAGAGAACACACCCAGCUUUAUUCAUAAACUAGACAUGCCCGGGAUGGAAGCCAGUCAGGAUCUCACACUUUCCAACCCACUGGAAGUUGAUGAAACGGUGCGGGACGAAAAGAUAAACCGGCUCAAGGAAAUGUUGAAAGAAAAGCAAAUGGCCCUGGAGGAGAUGCGCAGGAAGACUUUAAACACCCUCUCCCAUUUGUCCGAAUGAUAUCCUUCACUCACACACACUGUAGACCAGAGUGAACUAACUGCACAAGCAACAAACACCAAUGGUCUAGAUUCAGUGUCACAGACGUAUACGGAUACUCAUGAAUUCUGAUAUUGGUGGUGGUGAAGACGGCAAUGCCCCUUGGCAUUGUGAUAACUUUAACUCAUUCAUCCACACCCUUUCUCCCUCUCCCCCCAUCCCCCCCCACAUUCGUGCCCUACCCCUUCAGUCAGGCCCCACCUCCACCGUCGUAUCCCACCCCCAAGUCAGGCCCCUUGAAUUAUAAAUUCUACAGUUGUGAAUAGUCGCUUUAUUUUUUAAAAAAAAUGUUUCUAACUUGUUUUUUGCAAUUCUAAGAUUUGCAUUGUAUUUUGCUAUAAGUAUAAAGGACUGAGGUAGAUGCGUUAGACAGAAACUCUUUCCCCACUGAAAAUACUGUUUACUAUUUAUUGUUUAAUGUUAAAACCUUUAAAACCAAUAUGUUGUAUGACAAUAAGAUGGUAAGUUUUCUGUGUCCUUCAUCUUUGAAAAAAACAUUAGAAUUAAAAUGGUUAGAAUUGAAAUAUUAUGCAUAUAAAAUAAUUGGCUAUUUUCCACAAACAUUGAACUGAAAGCUACAAUGUGUAUCAUCUUCUUGCUGUUAGUGUUUCCUUUACUCACCAGUGAAUUGGCUGAUGUGGCCAGGGAUCGGGGGCUUGAUAAGCAACCUCUUGUGAAACAGGGAGAAGAGAAAGAACCUUGUGUGAGGCUGUGGGUAGCACAGUGAAAUGGCUGUCAGCACUGAGCCCAGGAAGGGUGCUGCAAGCCUUCAUGAGCUGCUUGGAGACAGAUUUGCACUGUUAUGCGUUUUGCUGGAAUCUGCAAUGAAUUGAGAGCUAGUGUCAAUAAAUCAUAAUUUCCAAGA